GGGGUAGGAGAGGGGAGGGAGCCAGUGCGCAAGUCUGGUUCAUACCGUCUGGAAAACCUGUUGGCUAUCACUGGCUGACGGGUGAUGAACUCGAGGUCGUGCACUGGGGCCCCUGUUUCUUUCUCCACUUCGAGUGGCUUUUUGGUGGUGUCAUUGAUGCCGCCAGUGGUCUCGGUCUGGUCUCUAUCCGUGGUCCUCCGAUUGUCGUUUGAUUUCUUUUCCAUCUUUACGGUCAUAUUUUUGCCUAUUGUCGCAAUUCCCCAAAGAAUACCUUUUCUGUCAUCCACCGCCCUCUACCUUAGUCAAUCUAUUCCCCACCGGACGUUGACUUGCUUUCCCCGACCUCUCUUGGUUUUACCCACAUUGUGCCACGUACGGCGUUUGUUUGUCGCCUUAGCUGAGUUUAGAUCUAAAGCCGGCAGUGGCUAAAGAAACUUGAAUUAUGAUCAUUUCGCAUGGUAUUAUAGAUAGGCGAUCAUACCUUGGGCCGAUGACAUCAAGAUGGACAGGUACCAUACCAGUAGACCGGCCCAGCCACCAGGAACGAAUCAACCAGGAAACCGACCGAGAGGACCUAUCUGAGAAAAGCAUACAACCAGAUCCCGAUCCAAGACCACACCCACACACUAUGACCAGGCGACAUGCAUAACAGCAUCGAUUUAUCCCUA